AUGGAACAGUUCAGUGCAAGCAGCAUGUCACGCCACCACGCGCCUUACGAUCAUCGAUUUGGUUCCAUUUAUCCUCUGUUCCAGCUUCUCGGCUUCACGCCAGUACCUCUCCAUGGACAGGCCUUGACCUCACUGCACACCUUAACCAUCGUGUUCGUGUCGUUUUACACCACCGGAGAAAUUAUCGUUCUAUCCUACUCACUGAUCAAACCAGAAGCUGUCUUCUUUCUUAGCGACGCUACCGGUACCUUUGCCGACGCUAUCCAGUUCGUAAUUCCGCUGGCAGUUCCGCUGGUAACGCUGACACUGUCGCUGCUCAAAAGUUCCACCCAGAAGCGGAUUGCUCUGCUAAUGGAUCAGAUUGACGGAUCAAUUGAAGCGCACGGUGCUGCUCCCGGAUGUUUGGAGCGAUUCAAUCACCAGCUUGCCGAUGACAUCUUCAGCACUAUGUUCGUGUUCAACGUGAUACCAGCAAUGAGCGAGUUCUUUAUCAUUUCGCGCAUCUCAGGCAAUCCGGUAUGGCACCGAAACUGGCUACUGAAGGUUUGGUUCUUCAUCCUGAUUCGGCUCGGUGACUCGUUCUUUCUGGUGCAUGUUCUAUAUCUGCGCAAUCGGUACCGCGUCCUUAACAACGAACUGCAGCAAACGGCGUCCACUGCCGGGCGGGCCAUUUCACCCGAAGCGAUCCAUCGCCGAUUGGUGCACCUGAAAGCGAUGCAAAAUCUGCUGAAAGAUCUUACCGGUGAGGUAAGCGAUCGUUUCGGCUGGCAACUGUUUGCUGUAAUAACGAUGCUGUUCAUAUGUACCACCAUCGAUGGAUAUUGGAUGUACGCCAGUCUCCACUACGAUGGGAACCUUUACAAGGUGGAAUCGUUUCUGUGUGGUAUUUCACCGGUGUUGAUGUUUUUUGUGCUUUUCAACACCUGCCAGAAGUGUGUGGAUGAGGGAGAAAUCACCUUCUAUUAUCUUCAUAGUGUACUAAAUCGUGUGUUGCCUCAAACAACUAUCACGUUAAUAGAGAACUUUUCUAAACAAUUAGACAACGAGCAGAUCAACUUUUCUGCAGCAAACUUCUUUGAUAUACGCUUAUCCUCAUUAACGACGAUCUUUGGAUCGAUUACAUCGUACUUGGUGAUUUACAUCAAUUUUAUCCCCAAAACCGACACGUUCAAUGAUUACAACAAAGAGCAUAAUCUGGUCACAACAUAA